CAGCCAGCCGGGCUGUGCGCGCAGCCGUGCGUGCCUGCGUGGGCGGCCGGGGGGGACGCGAUGCGCCCGGGCUCCGCAGGAAGGGACCGCAUCGCUCCCGCGUCACCUGCAUCUGCUGCUCCCCGGCGUCCCGGCCGCGCUGGACCCGGCCACAUCGGAUGCUGCUGACCCGCCGGCGAGCAAAGGUUCGCCGAGGCUCCUGGGUGCAGAUGUCCUGCGGUAACCUGGCUCCCCACAGAAGGACCUGCCUGCCUUAACCAGCCUGUCCUCCCAGGCACCCCAGUGGUGAUGGCCUCAACACCCCAGUGAGGGUGAAAGGACAAGGACCGAGUCCCCCCAACACCACCCUGUCCCCUGGGAGAGCCAUGGAGGCCCCCCUGGAUGUGCCCGUAGGAAACCUCAUUGACUUUGAUGCCGAAACACCCCCCUGCAUCCCCUCAGAGCCCUCUCCUCCCACCACCCCCAGCGGCAAUGGGCACCUGGGGGACAUGGGGAAUGCAGCCGGGGAGGAGAGCGAUGCCACCGAGUCAGCGGACAGCGAGAACGACAUGGGUGACUCUCCCAGGCACUGGGGCGGGUAUCACUGCUCCUCCUCCGCCGAGUCCUUCUCCUCCAGCCAGAGCACUGAGUCGGCACGGGAUGAGGCGAUGGCUGAACGCCGGGAGUUCAUGCGCCAUUAUGUGGAGAAGAUCUUCACUGGGGGAGAGGAUUUGGAGCAAGAGGAGAAGGCCAGAUUUGGGGAGCUCUGCAGCGGUGAGAACGGGAAGGGCAGGGAGUGGUUCGCCAGAUACGUGAGUGCCCAGCGCUGCAACUCCAAGUGCGUCUCGGAGCAGACCUUCUACCGCCUGAUGCAGUCCUUCGCCCUCGUGCUCUUUGAGUGUCACCAGAUGGAUGACUUCAGCCCUGCCAAGAACCUCAUGACCAUGUGUUUCACCUACUACUAUGUGGGCAAGACCCACACGCUGCCCUUGGAGGCCAAGGAGAAGCCCAUGGGCAGCAUUGACUCAUACCUGAAGUCGGCCAACACCUGGCUGGCGGAGAAGAAGGACAUUGCAGAGCGACUGCUGAAAAACACAUCAGCCAAGACGGAGAAUGUCAAGGGUUUCUUCGGGGGCCUGGAGACCAAACUGAAGGGUCCUACCACCAAAAAGAAUGAGGAAAGUGAGGACAAACCAAAGGAGAAGCUGAAGAAGACAGUUUCUGUGCAGAGCCCAGAGGAGGAGGACAAGAAAGGAGAGAAGAUCUACCUGUAUAUGCACCUCAAGCAGCAGCCCAUCUGGCACAACCUGAGGUUUUGGAAUGCUGCCUUCUUCGAUGCCGUGCACUGCGAGCGCAGGAAGCGGUCCCCCACCACCAGGGGGAACGCUGGAGAGGAAGAGGAGCAGAGGGAGAAGUGGUGCCACAUGACACAGGAGGAGCGGGAUGACAGCCUCCGCUUCAAUGAGAAUAUCACCUUCGGGCAGCUGGGCACCUUCAUUCACAACAUGCUGGCAUUUGGCCUCAACAAGAAGCUCUGCAGCGACUUUCUGAAGAAGCAGGCAACCAUUGGUAAUUUGGAUGAAGAGCAAUACAAGCUGCUCAGUGACCACAUCGAGCAGAUGGCAACCGAAUAACUGCCUGGCCAGCACGCUGUGGCGGAGAGACAGCAGCCAGAAUGAGUGGGGAGUGGAGGAGAGAAACCCACCUCUGUGGCUACCUGAAGCUGAAGCUGGGCUACUUAAGGAUUCACACACACACAAGCUGCAAUAAAACCUGCAUGGUCGUCCAUGAAACGUUAGAGCUGCACCAGGCAGCCUGUAGAAAUAGGAGCCAAACAGCCCCCCCUGCUUACCUGACCCUCCCGCAGCUAUUUUCAGAGUAGACAGUCCCAAAAGUGUAUUUUGUCACAAAACCAAGAAAAA